UCCUGCCAGUUGUAGGCGCUGUUCCAAGCAGGCUGCAAAACACAAAUCGAUUGUUUUUGUGUUUGUUUACAUUUUCAUAGCGAACAAAUGGCUUCGACUUUGCUAUCGCCUAUGGUGGAUUAUUACAACGACGAAGAGGAACUUGAUAGCGUGGAUGACGACGAUGAUCGGAGUUUCAGGGGAAGAGACUCAGAAGAAGACACAGAGGAUGCCAGUGAAACAGACCUUGCCAAGCAUGACGAGGAUGACUAUGUGGAAAUCAAAGAGCAAAUGUACCAAGACAAACUGGCCUCCCUGAAAAGACAACUGCAGCAGUUACAAGAUGGUACACUGCAGGAAUAUCAGAAGAGGAUGAAGAAACUGGACCAGCAGUACAAAGAGAGACUCCGAAAUGCAGAUCUAUUUCUCCAACUUGAGACAGAGCAGGUGGAGAGAAACUACAUCAAGGAGAAAAAGGCAGCAGUGAAGGAGUUUGACGAUAAAAAGGUGGAACUGAAGGAAAACCUAAUUGCAGAGCUGGAGGAGAAGAAGAAGAUGAUUGAGAACGAAAAAUUAACAAUGGAGCUGACUGGUGACUCAAUGGAGGUAAAACCCAUCAUGACUCGGAAGCUGAGGAGACGGCCCAAUGAUCCAGUCCCAAUACCAGACAAACGGAGAAAACCUGCUCCAGCUCAGCUAAAUUAUUUGUUAACAGACGAACAGAUUAUGGAAGAUCUAAGAACACUUAAUAAGCUUAAAUCACCAAAACGACCAGUUUCCCCCUCAUCCCCAGAGCAUGUUCCUUCAGCUCCUAUGGAGAACCCAUCCCAGCGUUACGAGGCCCGCAUCGAGGAGGGGAAACUAUACUACGACAAAAGAUGGUACCACAAGAGCCAGGCCAUCUACUUGGAAUCAAAGGACAACACAAAAAUUAGCUGUGUCAUCAGUUCAGUGGGGACCAAUGAGAUUUGGGUGAGGAAGACAAGCGACAGUACAAAGAUGAGGAUCUACCUGGGGCAGCUGCAGAGAGGAGCCUUUGUCAUCCGUCGACGGUCUGCCGCAUGAAACAUUACCCCACCCAGCUCCGCCCAUCUGUUCAUUUAUCUAUUCAUCUACCUGCUCAUUUCCCUAUUUGGUGCGUCUCAGUUGAGUUUGACAUGUGGCCUUUUCAUCAUAUAUACUCCCCUCCCCACGACACAAGCACACACAUACAGUCUUCCAUGGCCAAGGAUAUCCCAUCGGAUUUGAUCUGUUUUCACACAUAAACCAAAUGCUAGUACAGUAAAAGUGGUCAUAUACACAGCUGACUGACUUUCCAGCAUUAUUUGUCACUAUGUGGCAUGUGUAUGAAGGCUGUUACUGGUCAUAUAGGAGGCUAUUUGGAUUGUCAUCCCCUUCUGUCAACAUAAACCUUUCCUACAUAUUAUACACACGUCUCAUUUACAUUUAUCAUUAAGUUAUUUUUCUUGAACAGCCUCAUGCUGAGCCACAGAAACAGUUUUUGUGCGUUUCAAACUGUCUCACUGGCCUCUUGUAACAAUGCAAGCACUGAAAAACCUUGUUGACAGGAUUUGUGGUAUUAUUUCUACAAACAACACAGAUCAGGCCUUGACCUGUCUAACAAAGUUGCAUCUGUUGAGAUGAGGAUCUGCUUCAGGUUUGGUUAAAUAUCAUUUAUCCCCUGAGCUGAAGUUUCCUUAUACCAGGUAUCAUGCCAUUUUCAAAACAUUAUUCCUUUUCCUGACAUUAAGACACGGAGGAUUGCCAUGCUUAUUUGAAAAAAAAAAAGAAGUUUUUAUGUUAAUUGUUUUUAUGUCAUUUUGUCAUAUUCUCCAUAUGUGAAUGGUCUGGAUUAGUUCAGCUGUAUUUGCAUGUGGAGUACUGAGUUGAAUUAUUUGUACUGUGUUCCAUUUUAUUAAAAUGUUUUCUGCCUUUUAA